AAUAUGGAGUGGUGUGACCGACAGGAGUGAGCACCAAUUGAGUCUCCAAAUGUUACAACCUAACCAAUCAGAUUUUAGAGGUGGGUGGGACUAUGUUUAGUUUUUAUAUGUUUACUGGACAAAGCAAGUUGAUUUACAACUCCGUCUCAGUUUGUGCUGGUAACUUGAAUACAAGCAUGUCUAACGCGGAAAAGGGUGGCUGUGGAGGAGGUAUGGCUACAGACAGUAGAAAAGCACCUGGCCGAGCAGGCAAUCUAACAGAAGUGGAUGCCUUUUAUGGAAGUGGCAUCUCUUUGGACCCUGCAGAGGAGUACAAGUUCGACCACAAGCGCCGUGGCCUGGUGCUCAUCUUCAACCAGGAGAACUUUUUCUGGCAGCUGGGCUUGAACCCGCGCUACGGCACCAACGCUGACCGCUUCAACCUGGAGAAAAGGUUUGAAACUUUGAACUUUGAGGUCAACGCCUAUGACAAUUUGAAGAGGGAAGAAGUUUUGGCGAAGAUCACUGAAGCGGCGGAGUCUAACCACGUGGACGCGGACUGCUUCAUGUGUGUGUUCCUGAGUCACGGCGAGAACGACCACGUGUACGCGUACGAUGGAAAGAUCAGCAUCCACGACGUCACCGCCUUGUUCAAAGGAGACAAGUGCCGAAGCCUCGUCGGGAAGCCUAAGAUCUUUAUACUACAGGCUUGCCGUGGGGACCAGCAUGACCUGGCAGUGACCCCUAUGGAUGUGGUGGACAGCGAGGCGAAGGUGAACGAGGUGGUGGUGGACGCUGGUGUCCUCCACACACUGCCGGCAGGGGCGGAUUUCCUCAUGUGCUACUCUGUGGCCGAAGGGUACUACUCCCACAGGGAGACGGUCAACGGCUCCUGGUACAUCCAGGACCUGUGCGACACCCUGCGGAGCUUCGGCGAGUCCCUGGAGUUCACGGAGCUGCUGACGCUGGUGAACAGGAAGGUGUCCCUGCGCAGCGUUGGCCACGCCGCCGACCGCAGCGCCAUCGGGAAGAAGCAGGUGCCCUGCUUUGCCUCCAUGCUCACCAAGAAGCUCUAUUUCCGAACCAAACAGUAGGCGACUGUACGGCGUAUCGCUGAGCCCUUGUCCCACUUUCGUUUACCUAUGAUUUUAAAGCCCAGCUUUUGGAGCUUUGAUUUUAAAAAUGAAAUUUCUCUUCCUGUACUGUGUAACCUUCUGACCAAAGCUUUCAUUUGAUUUCAAAGUGUCUUCUUUGUAUUUGAACGAACGAGAUUGCUGCAUUGAGCAUUCGCCAAUAGUUUUUAAUCAAGAGAUGGUCACUUAGUGCAGGUUUAACGAUUGAGUGGAAUUCACGUGUUCAAUGCAUAUCUUUGUUAUUCAUUAAUGCUGUGAUGCCACUUAGUCCCUCACCACUUCAAAUGUCGGUACACGUUUGCUCAGUUCCAAAUAUGAUUCUGUUGUUACUAUACUGAUAUGAUGCCAGCGCCAUUUUGUAACAACCACAUCUACAUCAUGAAGUACAGUGCCUUUCUUGUUCAACCCUUGUUAUCACAGAUAUGCUGACGUGUUCAACCAAUGAGCCUAACUUUACAAAAAUGUCCCAUUCUUGAAAAGUGUAAAAACACAACGGAAGACGUAGAUAAAGUAAGACGGAAAAUGUAUCACUAACGGAUCUAAUGGACCUUUUAAGCAUAUGUCAUCAAAAAAGGGAAUUCAUGUUUGUCUUGUGAUGUAGGGCUUUAGACAGAAAAUGUCACUGAACUUGUUUUACAAUCAGAGUCGGAGUCAAAAACAUUCUUAGCAUAGAGGUGUGUGUAUGUUAAAUAUGUUGGUUUAAACCAUGCACACUGUGUGACACACUACACUUCUCAGGGAGUCAGUCCACUGGCUGCACACACUACAUAUGCGACACGUGUUUUUAUAGUGUUGUGGUAUUCUAUCCUUACACGGGUUUACAUUAAACUACAUAUGCAACUGAUGCCUGCAUUAAACAAAUAUAUACGAAUCAUUCCUUUAAGCCUCUGACAAGGCAAAUCCGUGUUUUCAUUUUAAGUAUGUAAUUAAGGGCCGUUUAUACAUCUAAUUUGCAUUCCAACUAGUCAUAAGAAUAAAUCGUAUGUACUUUCUGAUACCAGGUUAUGUUUGGGAUUAAAAAGGGGUCUGCAACGGCAAACUCUUGAACUAAUGGGUGAAUCGAUUUCUGUGAGAUUGCUGCCCGAUGAACAAAAAAAAUCGGAUGCAACCAAACGAUGGCAUCGACGAUGGCAUUCAUUGUGUCAAGCCAUUGAGUAGACCCCCCCCCCCCCUCGGCCUAAAUAGACGCGUGGGCAAAACUACAGCUGAAAUACUGUUAAACAGCCUCAUAUUUGUUCAGACCAAUAAUAUUGGUGGAGGUUGGGAUCCAGCUAUAAUGAAACCGUGGACUGGAUUGAGGCUCAGCCGCAAGUGUUUUAAAACAUGUUUGACCGAUGGAGACUUUCUUAAGGAUAUGCUAAUACGGUACCUGACCAAUACAAUUCUAAGGAUUGAUAGCUUGUCUUCUUCUAAUCAUUACAAUGCGAAAAUAAACAUUUGCAUGCUGUACUUUGGGUUCAUAUGAAGAUAUCCAGGCGUGGCUGGGUAUAGGUCAAUGAAGCGUGCCACGGACACUCCCACGCAAUCCGGAUAAUAGGGCUGAUAAGCUAAUUUUAUUUUUCUUGACAAAAAAUUCUAAUGAUGUUUAUGUACUCAAAGGUUAUAUGCACAAUAAGACAUUCAAUUUUACAUCAUAUAUGAAUGUUAUUUUUGGUAACUUGUCAGAGGCUUUAGGAACAACUCAGGAAAGUUGUUUUCCAUCCACAACCGACAGACUUAAAUUGGUUGGGAGGAUCCCCCAACAGUUUCUCUUUUCAUAAAACGUGUACCAUCAGGGAAAGAAUGCACAACAACAUAAUGUUCUGACAAACAAGCUGCAACUUGUUGCAGCUUGUUUGCUCUGCUUAUUGGGAUACAGAUUGGGACCAAUGCAUUGGCAACGUUUACCAUUUU